ACCUCUCUUCUCAAUCACUCAGCUCUGAACAACAGCUUCACUUCUCUCACUAAACUUAAUCAACCGACUAGUAAAAGUCUCAACUCAGAUCUCAUCUCAAUGGAAAAAGUUGAGAGACAAAGCGAAGAAGCAUCUUUUCUAUGGCUUCCUUUUCACUUCCUCAACCAAACUAUUAAAGCUAUCUUAAGGUGUCUAGGACUACUUCAUCAUGAUCCUCCCACGGUUAAGAAAACGUCCUCAGAUUCUGCACCCUUAAACCAGCCGGAAGAGGAAGAAGAAGACGAUGUUGUCAUGGAAGACAACCUCGUUGUGACGACUAUGGGCAGUAAAAACGGCAUCGUAAUAACGAAUAGGGGAACAAAGGUGCAAGCAAAGAAAAGGGGCAAGGAAAAUUUUAGCCCAGGACGACCGGGGAAACAUCACUAGCAGUUACAUAGUUACAUUACAUUAUUAAUUAGCUAAAAUGUUUGCAGCUAGUUAUGAUUUUAAUUUUGUUUUAAUAAGUGUGUUUCAGUGAUGGUACUAGUAUAGUGUUGUUAUUUGUAUUGAUAGUUCUUAAUGAUAUUAACAAAUCUACGGAUACAAAAUGA